AUGCUACCCAAAAGAUCAUUAACCAAAGAUUUACAAUCUGAACAAUAUGCUUAUCAACAAAAUCAUACAUCUUCUGUAGAGCCAACUUAUAUCGAAGAUCAGCAAAUUCAAAAUCGAACUACAUCUUCUCUUGCAGCAGCUAAAUAUCAACAUAGAGUGCCAUCGCAAAUAAAUAUAAGAUCUGGUGUUUUAAGAUACAAUUCGAUCUCUUCGAAUGUUCAAAAUACUAAUCCUUACACAACAAUUCAACAGAAUAGAGAUUAUACAACUUCAGCUCAAAACAAUGAAAUUUCUUUUCAAGAUGAAGCACACCUUCUUCGAUGGUUAGAAACACGCAAAGAUCUUGUUUUACAGGCAUUGCAUGCAAUUUGUUCGUCAUCACCUAUUAUGUCAAACCAGCCUCUUAAAAAACAUAUCGAUGUACUCGAUUAUGAUACUUUCAAAAAUCGUCAACUAGAAGUAAAUUUAUUGGAAACUUUCAUUGCCAAAAGUCUCAAAAUACAUGUAGAAUUCUUGAAAGCAGAAUCGAGAGGAGAAGACCUUGAUUAUAACUCUAUAGUUCUAAAUCGUAUUAAGGAAUUAGAUUAUAUUACUAUUGGUUUCAAGUUUUCGGCCACAAGUAAUCUUCAAUACGCCAAUCAACUGGAACUUAAAGAAGAACGAGAAAAAUCAAAAAAUAAAAGGCAUUAG